GCUGCUAGUGCUGCUUGGAACAUGGGUGAAUGGGAUCAGAUGGAAGAGUAUGUUUGUCGAUUGGAUGAUGGAGAUGAAAACAAGCUUGGAGUUUUGGGUAAUACUGCCGUUACAGUGGAUGGGAGCAGUAUUGGGACCUUCUUCAGGGCUGUCUUAUUAGUUCAUAGGGGGAAGUAUGAUGAGGCACGUGAAUAUGUUGAAAGAGCAAGGAAAUGCUUGUGUACAGAAGUGGCUGCCUUG